AACAUGAUGAAAAUGCUGGGAUUCGCCGUAGUACUACUCCUGGGGCUACACGGGUGCACCUCAGGGCCCGUCCCGACAACCGUAGCCCCGCAGCAGACCCCUUUCGAGGCGCUCAUGGACGCCAGAAACGUCGCCGCUAGACUGUACCAGAAGGCAUCGGACGCCUACGAAACCUUUAUACAGGAGGAAUUCAGUGGUGACUCUGGCUACUGUGUGGCAGAUAUAACCUGGGACGAGCUGUUCAGUGUUCGAAUCCCGACGCUAGAGUGGAGAAACUUGGGGGAUGAGGAGCGCCUCCAGCGGCUUCGCCGUGACCUGCAGUUGUUUGAACUGUUCUUGGACGAGGUUCUGUUAGACGAACAAGCCCAGGAGGGCCACACGGACACCGCUAACAAGGUGGAGGACACUAUGAACGAACUGGACGGACUCAUGACAGCCAUCGCUGUAGCGAACCACGUCCUGGGAUUCACCGAACCAACAGACGUUACCGAGAUCAUGUCGACUAGCCUGCGGGACCCAGGCACCGAGUCCGCCCGAGCCAUCCGUGACUGCGUGGUGCUGAGGGACUUCAAGACUCUGGUCGAGAGGGGCCACAGAGACUUCACCCUACUGAGCCGCAAAUACAGCUAAAUACUUUAACUUUGUCCACGUGAUCUUCACGUGACUAUAGCUAAACAUGUACGUAAAGGCCACGUGAACGACGCUAAACCCGCUCCAGUAGAAAUCACGUGAAGGUCACGUGAUCGCAACUAAACCUGCUUUAGUAGAGUAGAAAUCACGUGAAGGCCACGUGACGAUUGUUAGUCUACCUGUUCCACUAAAAACUUCACGUGAACGUCACGUGAUCGUACCGUAUGCUUUAAAAGCAUCGAGACAAGUUGAAACAUAAGAAUCCUGUUUUUUAGGGUUGUAAGAAAUGUCAGCUCCCAUUGUGAGCAAUUAGGUCAUUACACAGUGCAAACUGAAUGCUAUGUAAAAUCUAAGACUGAUAUUUAGUGAUCCUAGCCUUGGUGCCAUCCUAUGUAGUUUACCUGGUCCCAUUUGCUAGUUUCAACACAGAGAUCAAGUAUGACAACCUCGGUUAACUACAUAGGGUGGCACUUAGGCUACCUUGAUCUCAAUAAUUGGCAUUAUCGUUGUAUUCUAUCAAUAUAUAUCAACCAAAUGGACGUCGGAUUCAAUAUUAGGCCCUAUUAUUUAUUAGAGAACGAAAAAAUUAAACAAAUUUGGGCUAUAUUUGAAAGUUUCCCUUAGAUUGAUAGUGUUGGUUAUCAAGAACGUCAUAACAUAUAGCUUAAUGUUAGAAUUAAUUUUUAGGAGAUACACACACGGAGUAUAUUUCACUACAAGGUAGUCAUUCUUUUAUAUAUUUGUUCGCUUUUAUAUACAGAGCUCAUUAUUUGGGCCUGUAGGUUAAGAAGACAAAUCGUAGCCUUUUUGGGCAAACGCAAGUACUAGAUUAGCAGUUAUAUUUCUUCAUAUAUAGCAGUGACGCGACCUACCUGUUAUGUAUGGUAUUGCAGAUGACUUUCUCGUAGUGUGAAGACAUAUUUUACACUCAUGUACAUCUG